CUACUGCCAUAUCCCGUAUCGCCGUCACCAUGUCUCAAUACGACAGAUCUCGCAUGGACCCUAAACGACGACCUCCAAUCGACCAUAAGAAAAAACAGUUUGCAACUCCAACAUACAAGGAACAUGAUUAUUCCCACCGCCUCAACUUCUACGAAAUACCCCCAACUCAGGAAAUUACUCUUGAACAAUUUGAACAAUGGGCUAUUGACAGGUUGCGAAUCCUUGCAGAACUGGAAGCAUGCUCAUACAGAAAUAAAACCCCUGCCGAAACCGCCUCCCAUAUCACCCCUCUUCUGAACAAAUUCCUUCCUCUCUCCGCCAACACCUCUUCCAGCACAGGUGUGGACCAACGCCUCCGAAAUGAACGGCAAAAGGAUCAUUACUCCCAUUUCAUCCUGCGUCUCGCCUUCUCCUCAACAGAGGAUCUAAGACGCCGCUUUACCCGUCUGGAGACCAUGCUUUUUAAAUUCCGCUUCCAACUGGAUGACUCCAAAGAAAGACGCGCGUUCAUCGAAAGCCUCAAUUUCAACUGGGAUAUGGUUUCUGAUGAGGAAAAACAUGAACUCGGCGAAAGCUUGCUGGCAUCCACCUAUGGUGUCAGGCGUCUUGAGGAUGAGAGCUGGUUUAAGGUAGACUGGGAGAAAGUGCCAGAGCUGGUUGAGCGGAGAGGCGUGUUUGUGAGGAAGGGCAAGGCGUAUGUGCCCGUUCGAGAGCAGCUGAGUAUGGUUCUAGCGGAAUUUACCGCAAGGCUGGAGAAAGCCCUUGAGUUUACGAGUCGAGCAUUACCCCGGCUAGACGAGGAUGACCGCCUGACGCCCAUUCUAGAGCAUCUCUCCAAAAAUUUCGGCACAUCUGAUUCCUCCUAUGCGGAGGGCGAGGGAUCAGUACCGGGAGCGCCAAUUACCGCGGCAUCCAUUGAUUCCCUAUCCCAACACUUCCCACUUUGCAUGCGCAAUCUACACAUGCAGCUACGCAAAAAUUCACAUCUGAAGCAUUUUGGCCGCUUGCAGUAUACCCUCUUCCUCAAGGGCAUCGGCCUGUCACUCGAGGAUGCCCUGGUCUUCUGGCGGCAAUCUUUCAAAAUAUUUACCGAUGACGAGUUCAACUCCAAGUACAAAUACAAUGUCCGCCACGCGUACGGCGAUGUGGGUGGGGAUGCCAAUCGUAGGGGUCGUGGAUAUCCUCCGUACUCAUGCCAGAAGAUCCUCACAGACAAUUCACCCGGGGCUGGUCAAACACACGGAUGUCCCUACCGGCAUUUCUCGGUUGAGAAUCUCAUUAACUUACUCCAGGCGACAGGUGUUAACGAUCAGGAAGUUUUGCGAGGGGUGCGGGAGGACGUGGGGAAAACUCGCUAUCACAUUGCUUGUAAUCGGGUGUUUGAAUGGGCACAUAAAGCGGAGCUCAAAAAAGUGCGGGACGAGGGGAGUUGGAGCCAGACGGAUCUUGAUACGAUUGUCCAUCCCAACACGUAUUUCAAGCGUAGUUAUUUGUUGAAGAAUUUGGGGAAGAUUGUGAAGGAGGAUGUUGACAUGACAUCGUGAGGUACGAUUGUAAUUUAUCAUUAUGACCGGCGUUGGUUCAUUG